AUGCAAAAGCAACGUCCAACAUCCAGCGGAACUCUGGGACUCGCAGCAGACGAGGAAGAAGAAGAAUCGGAAGAUGAGGACCAAAGCACAAGUCACAGCAGGAUUGAAAAAGUUAUCAUGGACGAUGAUCUAGACUUGUCCAUAGCUUCGGCAAAGAGGGAAGACGUUACCAGCUUGGUCAACCUUCUCUACUUCCUCUCGGUUUUUUCUCUUGGAGUCACUGGAUUCUUUUUGGUUGUGAAUCUCAUUCCUUCUUGUGACAACUUCAACUUUCAAGGUUCCAGCACUCCGAUUUUUACAUGGAAAGCAAACUUGGAUACAAUACCAACCUCGGCACAAGAAUGGGCCAUGGGUUUACCGGACCUCGAGAAGGCGGGGAGCUUUGCCUAUGUUCGCUCGACCGGCAUUACGAUCUUUCAAGGCAGCCACAAUGAUGCUUACGCUGAAGAUACAGUCAAGUCGUCAUCAAGGUAUAGCUCAAGCUCAAUAUACCAAGACAUUUCGUCCCCGUCGUCGCUAUGGACAGUGACGAAUUCCAGUGCACCAGAAUUGGUACAAGAAGGGUUUUACCUUCCAGGCCCCAUGGUAGCAGUGACUGACGAUGCGGUCUGCUUUCCCGCGGUACGCAGCCUCGGUUCAGAGGAUGCUAGUUAUUCCAGGCCGCAGCGAAAAGAACAGACUGUAUACUGUUCCAAUGGUAUAGAUUUUAAACAAGAGACCUUCCGUGAUAUCAACGAGGGGGAAUCACCAACAACGCAUCUUUCUACAUUGACGGCUUUCUACCCCAUCGAUGGAAUUCUUUGGUUCAAGGAACUUGACUCUGGAAGAAUCAGCGGUACGAAGAUAUAUUCUCUGGAUCCAACCACAAUGAUCUCCGCUCUGCACAGUUACAAGGUUCAACAACUCCCAUCCCAAAGUGUUGACGCGAUCGCGUCUUGUGAUGAAGGUCAAUACAAUCGAAUCAGAGCCAUUGUCUCGUUGCUAGUCAGUAUCCUUCCCAUGGCCGCAUUGACGUUCUUUCUUGGAAAGGAGACAAAGGUUCCAUCCAUGGGCAUUUCGGCGUAUAUCAUCAUUUCGUUGGUCUACGCUUGCCUCCAUAUUCUGGUGUCGCCCAAUGAAGGAGAGUAUAUGCCUUCAACAUUUCGAGCUUGGUUUGCCAUCUCGGGCCUUACGUGUCUUCUCUUGUCGACGUACCUUUUGUUGGCAUUGCAACAGCACGACUCGAAUACCCCUCGUUGGGUUGACAAGUCGCACGAAAAGCAAUACCGAUCUCUGUUGGGAAUCAGCGCAGUCGCCUUUGCCUGGGGGACUUUGGUGGUACUCGCAGCCGAUUUGUACGACCAGGCAGCAGAUGCACUUGGAUGGUGGUUACUUUUCAACAUACUUGUCUGCUGUCCGCUGCUCUUAUUUGGAGCGGCUGGUGAUUCAACCUUUGUCCUGGCAUUGGGAGGCCUUGGAUUUCUCGCGGAUGCCAUCCGAUUGUCGUCGCUCAUUGACUCCCCUUUAUUUUUCUUUAUAAUAUUUUCUUUGAUGGGGCUAAUGGUCGGACUUCUGGGCUACUACUUUGCGGUUCAGUUCCAACCAAUUAUACAGAAGUGGGCACAAGAGCACGUCGCCAAGAUCAAUGACAAGUACUGCAAAACUGCCUCUGACCUAUAUGGUUUGGACGAAACCGACUAUGGCGACGACGAUAUCAGUCCACUUGCGCCUAGCGCAGAUGAUUCCGCUCUAUGUGGUUUAGGUCCACCACCAAUUUUUGCGAAGCAGAGGAAAGAAGCUGACAACUUGUCGUGCCUUGUUCCACCUUGA